AUGGCCCUGCAAGUCUCUUGCUCGGCGCUCACCCAGUGGUCUCUAACUCUCACACUUACUUCCGCACCGUACCCCCAGCGUGUAUCUUCCUCUCACGGCAAAUCGUCUUCUGAGUCCCGGUCUUUUUUUCUGCCCUUGCUCCCUGACCCGAACCCCCCAUUGGGUUAUUGUCUGCCGUCUUCCCUGGCGGGAGUGCAGCGCCAUGCCAUGCCACGCCCAGCUUUUGCCUGCCCUGCCAAUUGUGUGUGUGUGUGUGCCUCUGCUCUGCUGCUGUGCUUUGCGUUGCGGCACUUUGCUUCGUCGUCUUUGGUUCGCUCUGGUCCAAUCCAUUCCUGUUGGAGCAAAGCAAUCCAACCUAGCCCAUAA